AUGUCCGUGCUCAGGCGGAUGAUGCGGGUCUCCAAUCGCUCCCUCCUCGCCUUCAUCUUCUUCUUCUCCCUCUCCUCGUCUUGUCUCUACUUCAUCUAUGUGGCUCCGGGCAUCGCCAACACAUAUCUCUUUAUGGUACAAGCUCGAGGAAUAAUGUUGAAAGAAAAUGUGAAGACAAUAGGACAUAUGAUCAGGCUGUACACAAAUAAAAAUUCUACACUCAAUGGUACAGAUUAUCCUGAAGGCAAUAAUUCAAGUGAUUAUCUUGUUCAAACAACAACAUAUCUUCCGGAAAACUUCACAUACUCACCAUAUCUCCCCUGCCCAGAAAAACUGCCUUACAUGAGAGGAUUUCUCAAUGUCAAUGUAAGUGAAGUCAGUUUUGAUGAAAUUCAUCAACUUUUCUCCAAGGAUUUAGAUAUUGAGCCAGGAGGUCACUGGAGACCUAAAGACUGUAAACCCAGAUGGAAGGUGGCAGUUCUCAUUCCUUUCCGUAAUCGCCAUGAACAUCUUCCAAUUUUUUUCUUGCACCUGAUCCCAAUGCUCCAGAAACAGCGGCUGGAAUUUGCCUUUUAUGUCAUUGAACAGACUGGCACACAACCUUUUAACCGUGCAAUGCUCUUCAAUGUGGGCUUCAAAGAGGCCAUGAAAGACAGCUUCUGGGACUGUGUAAUUUUCCAUGAUGUGGAUCAUCUGCCCGAAAAUGACAGAAACUAUUACGGAUGUGGAGAAAUGCCACGUCAUUUUGCAGCAAAGCUGGAUAAAUACAUGUAUAUUCUUCCAUAUAAAGAGUUUUUUGGUGGUGUAAGUGGACUGACAGUGGAGCAAUUUCAGAAGAUCAAUGGUUUUCCUAAUGCCUUCUGGGGAUGGGGAGGAGAAGAUGAUGACCUUUGGAAUAGAGUUCACUAUGCUGGAUAUAAUGUAACAAGACCUGAGGGAGACUUAGGGAAAUACAAGUCUAUUCCUCAUCAUCAUCGAGGUGAAGUCCAGUUUUUAGGACGGUAUAAAUUACUAAGAUAUUCAAAAGAGCGUCAGUACAUCGAUGGGUUGAACAAUUUAAUAUAUACGCCAAAAAUACUGGUUGAUAGGUUGUAUACAAAUAUAUCUGUAAACCUCAUGCCAGAGUUAGCUCCAAUCGAAGACUAUUAAAAGACAUAGCUCUCGUGGCAAGAUAGACCACAAUGCUGGAUUAUAAACUUGGAGUGCGCUCUUAAUGGAGGUCAGCAAAUGGAUGUGUCGCGGUGCCCUGUUCUGUGAGAAGAAGAGCCAGCAGUCCUCAGUGUUCACAGUGUGGGGUUAUAUACAGUCAGUCUUCUCCCACCCAUCCUCUACUCUGUGACACACCCUCAUGGUGAGCACUGCAGAGACCACAUGCCAUUGCUUAAGUCUGGAAGUUAAGAGAGCUCCCUACAAAGAGAAAAUUUUUAUACUAAAAUCUAUAAUUCAAGAGAAUGCUUUAUUUCCGUUUAAACAUAUUUUGUACAUAUGUGAUGUAAAUUAAUGUGUUCAAAUUGUUGAAAAAUAAGAUGUGUUGCAAUUUUGCAUGUGAUUGGUUAUGCCUUUAUUGGACUUUUAUAGACUUUUUUUUAUUUGCAUGGAAUACAACAGUGUAAAUUUAUGUCACUAAAAAAGGUUAACCCUUGUGUCAAAUGAAGGAACUGUCAAUAAUUGACAGCCAACUAAUAGAGUAAACUGUUAUACUAGUUUUGAGCUUUAGACCUUCAGCCUUUUGUGUGGGAGAAGUCACAGCUUUCCUAGUGUUUCAAAGGGUAAGAAGAAAGGGCUUAAACGCUUUUCUUCCUGCCUGUUUUUUUUUCUUGCUUGCAGUCUCAUCAGAUUUUGCUAAAUCACAACCACAUUGUUUAUGCAUAUUGCAUGAGUAUUACCGAGAAAAUCUUAAAAGUUGUGAUGUGACAUGAUAUAAAGGACCUCUUUAUGCUAAAUGUCUUUCAUGUACCUCUGGUGUAAGUGUCAGGGAUUUUGUGCCUCAAAAAAUGUUCCUAAGGUUGUGUGUGUUUAUACACUGUAUUUUUUUUUUAGUUAGUUCAUAGUGCACAGCACUUUUAUUUCCAGUUCAGAAGAGCCAAAAAAAUCUUCAUCUUGAAAAACUCAAAGCAAUUUUUUUUAAAAGAAUGAGUUAUGGAAAAUCCAGUAGUACUUAUAAUAUACAAAUGAAUUCUACUAUUAGAUAAGAAAUUAAAUGUUCUAUUUUUAUGAAGAUAAAUGCUUAGUAGAUAACAAAUUUUAAGUUUAAUCCUCAGACUCUUAGAAUUUCAGGUUUGGAAGAGAUCCUUUUUGAUGUUGGUCAAUUUCAUUUGAACUAUACAUAAUUUUUUCAUUUUUAAGAAGUUACAUCUCUGGUGUUAAUUAUUAAAAUCUCACUCAGAGCAUAAUUUAAUAGAAUUCUAUUAAAACACAUAGUCAGUUAUUUAAAUGCAUUGAUGUUAUAAGACACUUCUUUGAAAACAGAUCUUACGACUUGACAUUAUGUUACUUUAUCUUAAAUUUGAAUGAAGUUUUCAUGGCAAAACCAAACAAUAUCCUUAUUUUGAAAAUUAUCAAUUAUUGUUAACCAAAGAUUCUUUAAAAUGUCUUGAUAUUUUCACAAAUUUAAAACAAAAAAUUGUGUGUCUAUAAAAUGAAUCUUUAACAACAGUAAAGAACAAUGGAAAUCUAUAAAUGAGAGAUGUUUGGAUAACAUUUGCCUCAUGGAUUGUUCACCUAAAACAGAAGUAAGGUUAUUUAUCUCAGAUUGUAAGUUUAAUUUUGAAGUGUCAUUUUCUGUGGCAAUAUUGGUAACAAGGAUGACCACAAGCCAAAUUAUAAAAUAAUUGAAAUUCUUAUUUGAGAAAACUGGUAGCUCUCUGUUAUGAUACCAAGCAGAAUUUUUCCACAUUUAUUUCUUAGAAAUAGUUCCAAAAUGUUUGUCUUUCAUUUUUUUGCUGGUACUCAAAAUAAUGAAAAAUCAAACCUUCUGAAAAGUAAGAUAUUUAUUCUUAAUUUAUGUAUCUGUUCUUUUCUGUCUCUCACAGCCAAUGUGGUUAAUUCGAUGAAAUGAAAGAAAGUAGAUUGGGAAAGUUAACGUUUGUUGAUCACUAACAAGAUAAAGAUAGUAGGGGCAUAGUUGCAUAAUUAACCCAAGAAUACUUCAGUUUUUCAGUCAUGGGGAAAAUUAGGGUUGUUCCUGAGUCUUAUUAGGAAAAUAUAUUUUUCUCUUUUUAAUGUGGAGCUGCCUACUUUUGGAAUCUUUUUAUUUUGAUGUACAUUUUACAGUUUUGAAACUCAGUUCUACUAGUAUCUGCCUUAUUUUCUUUGAUUAAAUCUAAUAAUCAUUUUUGUUUAGGAGUGGGCCAUGAAUAUUUUGCUUUUUUUCAGUUUUGAAUAUGGUGUGUCAUCCUGUGAAAACCAUCUCAUUAGUUUGCUUUUGUUUUUAAGUGCAGGCCUAAAAUUGAUUUUUGCCUAUGAAUAGUGAGUUUUAUAUGUUUCCAUAAAAGUGACGGAGCUUUGCCCACUUGUCUUCAUUGUGUGAAAAUAAAUCUAUUCCAUAAAAAAUAACAGAUAUAUUGCAGAUGCAAACUAUCUUCUUUAUAGUUAUGUUGGGUGGAUUUAUUAGUGAACAGGGAUUGAUGGCCCCCUCCAUCAGAAGAAAUGCUAGGGAAGUCUACAGAAAAAGUAUUACAUUGUUUCUAAAGAAAUCAAGGCAGGCAAAUUGAAACCUUUCUAAAACUAGGAAGACGUCCUCUGAUAACUUAUCUGUUGUCUUUCUUAGUCUCAAGGUCAGGAAACAUAUAUGUGGACAUAGCGUUAUUACGAGGUCCCUCUGGCACUACUGGGAAAGUUAUACAGUGCCUUCAACUAGACAAAGAAGUGAUGAUGGAUGGCCUGUUUGUAGAAGAAAAAAGGGAGAAGUGUGCACAUUUAUGUAACAUCAUGUCUCAUUCACACUGGAGAUAGUCAUUUAAAACUUUGCCAAAACUAAGGUUUAAUGAAUAAUUUUUUGGUCUAAAUUUAAAUUUGUUUUUCUUUUGUGAAAAGGUGUUCGGUAAGAAAACUUUAUUUACAAUAUUAUGUAAAUACAAAAUCAUGUGUUAAAAACUUGCAUAUAUUCCUUUCCCAGCCAAGACAUUGUUAGCCAUUUUAAAACAAAAUGGAAGAGUAUCCAAUACAAUAUUCUCCUUCUUUUGGAGGCUCCCUACAAGUGAAAGGAGAUUUUUUGUCAUUUUAUUUGGCUUUUGCUUCUCUCUGUUAUAUUUCUUUAUGUACUUUUCACAUAGAUACUACACUCUAAAUUUACUGCCUUGUAUUUGCAAGUAUGCCAAUUGAGAGAACUAAAAUGGUCAUCCUGUUGUUUAUCAGAAAGAGGAAGUGUACUUAAGAUUAUUUUAUUUAUUAAGAUCUGAAAGGCUUCUACAUAAAUGCACUGAAAUAAAUGCUAGUAAUUUCUUAUACUCUCAUUUUUUUUUUUUUUGCUUCUCAUGGAAAUGUUUGUACUUUUUUAUCAUUGUCUUUUAUGAAAUAUAAUGUUCUAAAGA